CCCUCACUCGGGCAUCCUGGUCACAGCCAUCGUCACUCUUCUCUGAACAAGCGUCUGUGGAAAGUCUACCCUCUCAUAGUGAUCCUCAGGACAGAAUCUGACACGCCAAAGAUCCACAGACCAGCAUGGCUGCCACUGCUGCUGUCAGCCCCAGUGACUACCUGCAGCCCGCUGCCUCCACCACCCAGGACUCCCAACCGUCUCCCUUAGCUCUGCUUGCUGCGACAUGUAGCAAAAUUGGCCCCCCAGCUGUGGAAGCUGCUGUGACACCUCCUGCUCCCCCCCAGCCCACACCACGGAAACUCGUCCCUAUCAAACCUGCCCCUCUCCCUCUCAGUCCUGGCAAAAAUAGCUUUGGAAUCUUGUCCUCCAAAGGAAACAUACUUCAGAUUCAGGGGUCACAACUGAGCACGUCCUAUCCUGGAGGGCAGCUGGUGUUCGCUAUCCAGAAUCCCACCGUGAUCAACAAAGGGAGCCGAUCAAAUGCCAAUAUCCAGUACCAGGCCGUCCCGCAGAUUCAGGCGAGCAGUUCGCAGACCAUCCAAGUGCAGCCCGGUCUCACCAACCAGAUCCAGAUCAUUCCUGGCACCAACCAAGCCAUCAUCACCCCCUCACCAUCCAGCCAUAAGCCUGUCCCCAUCAAGCCUGCCCCUGUCCAGAAAUCAAGUACGACCACCACCCCCGUGCAGAGCGGGGCCAAUGUGGUAAAGCUGACGGGUGGGGGUGGCAACGUGACACUCACUCUGCCUGUCAACAACCUCGUGAACACCAGCGACACCGGAGCCACGGCGCAGCUCCUCACUGAAAGCCCCCCAACCCCACUGUCAAAGACUAACAAAAAAGCGAGGAAGAAAAGCCUUUCUGCCUCCCAGCCCCCCAUGGCCAUGGCGGAGCAGGUGGAGACGGUGCUGAUCGAGACCACCGCAGACAACAUCAUCCAGGCGGGAAACAACCUGCUCAUUGUUCAGAGCCCCGGUGGGGGCCAGCCGGCUGUGGUCCAGCAGGUCCAGGUGGUGCCCCCCAAGGCUGAGCAGCAGCAGGUGGUGCAGAUCCCCCAGCAGGCCCUGCGGGUGGUGCAGGCGGCGUCUGCCACCCUCCCCACCGUCCCCCAGAAGCCCUCCCAGAACUUUCAGAUCCAGGCGGCUGAGCAGACGCCUACUCAGGUCUACAUCCGCACGCCUUCUGGUGAGGUGCAGACGGUCCUUGUCCAGGACAGCCCCCCAGCAACAGCUGUGACCGCCUCUACCACCACCUGUAGCAGUCCUGCGACCCGGGCUUCCCAUGUCAGCGGGACCAGCAAAAAGCAUUCAGCCGCAAUCCUCCGAAAAGAGCGUCCCCUGCCAAAGAUUGCCCCCGCCGGGAGCAUCAUCAGCCUGAAUGCAGCCCAGCUGGCGGCAGCUGCCCAGGCCAUGCAGACCAUCAACAUCAACGGUGUCCAGGUCCAGGGCGUGCCCGUCACCAUCACCAACACUGGCGGGCAGCAGCAGCUGACAGUGCAGAAUGUUUCUGGGAACAACCUGACCAUCAGUGGGCUGAGCCCCACCCAGAUCCAGCUGCAGAUGGAGCAGGCCCUGGCCGGAGAGACCCCUCCCGGGGAGAAGCGUCGUCGCAUGGCCUGCACGUGCCCCAACUGCAAAGACGGGGAGAAGAGGUCUGGAGAGCAGGGCAAGAAGAAGCACGUGUGCCAUAUCCCUGACUGUGGCAAGACUUUCCGGAAGACGUCCUUGCUGCGGGCCCAUGUGCGUCUGCACACCGGCGAGCGGCCCUUUGUCUGCAACUGGUUCUUCUGUGGAAAGAGGUUCACACGGAGUGACGAGCUCCAGAGGCAUGCUCGCACCCACACAGGUCUGUCCACACACGCCCUUCCUCGUCCCCACACAGGCCUGCUCCUCACCUCACCGCCCCAUGACACGGAGGACUCCUACAGCUGGGUGGUUCCUACCCUGCCAAGGAACUGCCACACUAAGCAAGAGCCACACACUGCCUUCUCAGGGGUCCAGGGACGACACAGGAAAUUCCUUCAAGUCAUUCUCUUAUCAGAGCGUUUCCCAAAGUAAUGUCAUUGCAUUACAUAACCCUGAAGACUUCUGCCAUAUCUGCAUAGUUAUUUAUUUAAUAAGCACUGACCUAGUGUGCUGGCCAUUGUUCUAUGUAUGCACUUUGCAAAGUAACUAAUUUAAUCUUUAUAACCACUCUUUGGAGAGGGUUCCUGGAUUAGCCCCAUUAGGCUGAGGCAUGGAGAGGUAAAGUCACGUGCACAAGGUCACACAGCUAGUGACGGUGAAGCUGGACCACCAUCCACUCCCACUGCCUCUCCUACUAUGAUUUACCUUAAAUUGUCUCACUGUUUUUACUCAUUUAUGUCCUGGUGACACAGUGGUUAAAGCAAUCAACUGCUAACCGAAAGGUCGGUGGUUCAAAACCACCAGUGGCUGUGCAGGAGAAAGAUGUGGCAGGCAGUCUGCUUCCAUGGAGAUUUACCGCCUUGGAAACCCUAUGAGUCAGGAUGGACUUGAUGGCAGUGGGGUUGGUUGGUACGUCCUGUGUGAUACUACCUUUGCCAUCACAGGUGCAAUAUCGUGGUUAUACUUUUUAACACACUGGCAAAUAAAUACAAAACUAUUAAAAUGAAAAAAAUGUUCAUCUACCACCUAAACUUGUCUCGGGUAUCCCCAUUGGUCCACAGCACCUACUUUGAGAAACGCUGCUGUAGUGAAGCCCCCUGGGAAGCAGACCCCUGUCCUGGGAUUAGGGGUGGGGGACAGAUGCCAGAGCUCUGGCUCCUGGCCAGUGUGGUGAGAUGGGUCACACCACCCCUCAAAGGCCGAAAAGUAAACACUGCACAGAACAGCAGCUGACCCAGGCCAGGCCAGUAUGUUCAGACAACCAAGUGCUCAGGGCUGGUGAGGGCAGAGUGGCCUGGAGUUUUCCUGUGAGGAGGAAGAUGUUGAGCCAGGUUCAGAAGACAGAGGGACAAAGAUCAGAAGAAAGCAAGAGGACAUCCCUAUGUGGAAAGGGUUCCAUAGGGCAGAGGCAAAAGUGUAAGUGUCUUGGGCAAGGGACAGGGAAUGGGACAAAGUGAAACAGAGGUUAAAUGGAGAGAGAGCAGUGAGGACUGGUAAGAGGGUUUCACUCAGUAGAGGACAGGGAGCAAACGGGAUGCAGGCAGGAAGUGGGCAGAACACGAAGGGUGGUGUCAGCUCUGCCCGGUGCCCCUUGCACGUGCCCCUCCCUUUCGGGGCCUAGGACAGUGCUGUACAUGAACUCUGAGUGACGGGCAUCUCCUCUUCCAGGGGACAAACGCUUUGAGUGUGCCCAGUGUCAGAAGCGCUUCAUGAGGAGUGACCACCUCACCAAGCAUUAUAAGACCCACCUGGUCACGAAGAACUUGUAAGGCCAGCUGAGGUGGCAGACCCCGAAGAUGCAGUCCCCCGUCCGUGUCCUUCCUGGGACCCUGGGGAAGGAGGCCCAUGGCCGCCCUGGACCCGCCUUCAGCCCUCUCUCCUCUUCUGCGACUGUGUCCCCACAGGAAGGGGCCCUGCUGCCCCCUACUCCUCCUCCUCAAGCCCCGUGGCUCUGCCCCAGCCCCUUCCCUCUCACCAGGAGCUCCCGGCCUGCCCAGACCGUGGACACUGGCCGUGCCCAAUGAGACGUUCUAAACCAGGACGAGUGGGAACCCUUAUUUCCAAAGGAAAAACGUGAAUUUCACUCCAUCGAGGAGCAAAGUGAGCCCUGCCCCGCCCACUCCCCUCCCCCAACACUGUAGCAACCUAGAGCCUGACCAGUCCGAGUGGCAUAGUGCCAUGCCCCCACCCCUCUCCUGCUCCUCCCUGGCCCCACCAGACACAGCGGUCACCCAGGGGCCCUGCACCCUGGGCUUCCCCUCUGGGGAGGCUCAGGAGGCUGCCUCCACUCCACAGGCCCCCAGCUCCUGCCAGGACUCUCCAG